AUGACGUGGGAAUCGAUCGCCGCCAAAAAGCGCCAGGCGCUGAAGGACUCCAUUCCAGCGGACUGGGUGAUCCCUGCUGCGCUUGUUCCUCCUGCUGAUCAGCUCGACGUCACAAGCUUUCCCAGGGACUCGGGCUUCUUUACCGGUCGCGAGCUGGAAAUCACUUCAACCCCAGCUCAAACAAUUCUAUCGCAUAUUUCAUCCGGGUCAUGGACCGCCGAGGAAGUCAUCAAGGCGUUCUGCAAAGCUGCCGCUGCUGCGCAACAGCUGACCAACUGCCUGUCGGAGAUCCUGUUCGACAGAGCAAUCGCCCAGGCAAAAGAACUAGACGCCUACUUCCAACAAACUGGCAAGACAAAAGGCCCCUUCCACGGUCUCCCCAUUUCCAUCAAGGACAACUUCAACCUCGUCGGCUAUGACUCGACCAUCGGGUUCGCCUCGCUGGUCAACGACCCCGCCACGUACAACAGCACCCUCGUCGACCUGCUCCUCAACGCAGGCGCCGUCCUCUACUGCAAGACCAACGUGCCCACGGCCAUGAUGAUCGCGGAAUCCGUGAACAAUGUCUUCGGUCGAACAGUUAACCCGCGCAACCGCAAUCUGACCUCGGGCGGCUCUUCUGGUGGCGAAUCUGCCCUGAUUGCCUUCGGAGGCAGCCGCAUCGGCGUGGGAACAGAUAUUGGCGGCUCCCUACGCAUCCCAGCAUCGUGCACAGGAAUAUUCACCAUCAGACCCUCCUUCGGCCGCUUCCCCAACUUCCAAACCCGCUCCGGCCUCGCCGGCCAAGAAGCAGUCAACAGCGUCAACGGCCCUAUGGCAAAAACCCUCGACGAGAUCAUCUUCUGGGCCCGCACAGUCGUCAGCCAACAACCCUGGCUCCGCGAUCCGAAAUGCCUCCCCAUUCCCUGGCGAGACGUUGAAGUCAAGAAGGCGCUCAAAAUCGGCGUCCUCUGGCACGAUGGCCUAGUCACGCCUACGCCCCCUGUGUCGCGCGCUCUGAACGAAACAGUCGCGAAAUUAAAAGCGGCCGGUCAUGAGGUCGUUACUUGGGCGCCUACUGAGCAUACGGGUGUACUUGAGAUUUUACGCACCAUGUUCGUCGCAGACGGCGGGAAAUCCGUGCGCAAACUCCUCGAACCAACAGGGGAGCCGUUCCGGCCUGAGAUGAAGAUGUAUGAGACGGCCCCUGAACUGGGGGUACAUGAGAUGUGGCAGGUGCAGGUAGCACGCAAUACGCUGUGCAAGACUUAUCUGGAUCGAUGGAACAAUGCGGGCAUUGAUGCUGUGCUUUGUCCGACGUCUCCGUAUAGUAGUGUCGAGAACGGCAAGUUCGCGUAUGUCGGAUAUACGGGAGUUUUCAAUGUCCUUGACUAUCCUGGCGUUUCAUUCCCGUGUGGGGUUACGGCUGAUAAGGGUCUUGAUGGGUCGUAUGUCGACCAUAAGCCGCUUAGCGAUAUUGAUGCGCAGAUUCAGAGUGAUUAUUCCGCCGACGAUGUCCAUGGCAUGCCGGUUAGUUUGCAGCUUGUUGGGAGGAAGCUUGAGGAUGAGAGUGUGUUGGCUAUGACUGGUGCCAUUUUGAAGGCCGUUUCUGGGUCUGCGAAUGGGACCAAGUAG